AUGUUCACGCCAUUCAGCAGACAUUUCCUUUUUUCUACACAGCUACGACGUCUGCAGAGUACUCUUGUAGUUGCUGAACACAACAAUGAAGGCUUACUGCCAGUGACACAAAAUGCUUUAAGCGCUGCAAAGAAAAUAGGCGGAGAUGUGUCCGUCCUUAUUGCGGGUACCAAAUGUGGACCAGCCGCAGAGCAAAUUUCGAAAGCCAGUGGGGUUUCUAAGGUGCUUGUUGCUGAGAGUGAUGCUUUCAAAGAUAUAAUUGGCGUUAAAGAUGCAAACACUUUUAUCAGGACAAUUUAUGCAGGCAAUGCUAUCCUAACUUUGGAGGCAAAAGAUCCGAUUAAAGUAAUAACAGUGAGAGGUACGGCUUUUGCACCAGAGCCCCUUGAAGGUGGAUCGGCUGCUGUGGAGAAGGCUCCUGAAGUUGAUGCCAAAACUGAUCUUGUGGAAUGGAUUUCUCAGGAGCUUACCAAAUCUGACAGGCCAGAAUUAACAAGCGCAAAGAACAUUGUAUCUGGAGGUCGAGGUCUGAAGUCUGGUGACAACUUUAAGCUGUUGUAUGACCUAGCUGACAAGUUGAACGCCGCCGUGGGCGCGUCUCGUGCCGCAGUGGAUGCUGGCUUUGUGCCCAACGACCUGCAGAUUGGACAGACUGGAAAAAUCGUCGCGCCCAACCUAUAUAUAGCUGUGGGAAUAAGCGGCGCUAUUCAACAUCUUGCCGGCAUGAAGGAUUCAAAGACAAUUGUCGCCAUUAACAAAGAUCCUGAAGCACCCAUUUUCCAGGUUUCUGACUAUGGGCUAGUCGCUGACUUGUUCAAGGCAGUCCCAGAGCUUACUUCCAAGUUCGAGCGGUGCGGUUUGCCGGCGAGUGGCAUCCUUGUUAUCGUAUUAUUUGCCGACAAAGUGCGCCGUCUAGGGUGGGACGGGCGAGGCGGGUACCGCUGCAAGCCCCGCCCGUGUGCGCCACGCCUGUCGCAAUGUGGCGCGACGCUCACCCCAAAUCCACUAACGGCCACGAACAUGCCGCGGCCGUCGCGCGACUCCUACGGCGAGCAGAAACCUCCAUACUCGUACAUCUCGCUGACCGCAAUGGCGAUCUGGAGCUCGCCGGAGCGCAUGUUGCCCCUGUCCGAGAUCUACCGCUUUAUCACGGACCGCUUCCCGUAUUACCGGCGCAACACGCAGCGCUGGCAGAACUCGCUGCGGCACAACCUCUCCUUCAACGACUGCUUCGUGAAGGUGCCGCGGCGGCUCGACCGCCCCGGCAAGGGCGCCUACUGGACCCUGCACCCGCAGGCCUUCGACAUGUUCGAGAACGGCUCGCUGUUGCGCCGCAGGAAGCGCUUCAAGCUUCACAAGGGGGAGAAGGACAGUUUGAACGCCGAGCUGGCGGCACUGACAGCUUUCAAUCGGUUUUUCUUAGCUACACAGGGCUCUAGUCGCCUGCCGUCGACGCAGAUACCACAAUCGGAGACUUGUAUGUUAACGAAGGUUUCUGGAGGAGAGAAUUUCGAUCCGAAGAUUUCCUUUAGAAUUCUGGCGAUACUGAUUGGGUCAGGAACAGAAUCGGUUCUCACGGACACGCGCGGUGUCGUCGCCAUAAAAAGCCCCGAAGACGGUAGCAGCCACGUAUUAAUCAGCUGCGACCGUUGGUAC